AGUCUCGCGGAACUCUAGGCUUCGCAGGGCCUUGCGGCGUCGCCGGAAGUGACGCAAGUCAGUCGGGCGGGCCCGCGCGUCCCGUCGAGCCUUGCGGCGGCGGGAAGAUGGCGGCGGCGGGAGCGUUAGAGAAGAGUUUCGUGGAGGUGUGCGGUGCCGAGCGGGAGACACAGCGGCGCUUUCGGGACUUCACCGUCUGCGGCUCCGAACUUGUGGGUUUAUCAGGAGCUGUGAAAUAUGUCGAGAGUGCUGGUGGCUUCUAUUAUAUGGAAAGCAGCAAGUUGUUCUCUGUCACCAGAAACAGGUUCAUUCAUUGGGUUACCUCAGGCGAUACUUUAGAGCUGGUGGAGGAAUCUCUGGACAUAAAUCUUCUGAAUAAUGCCAUCCGCCUCAGAUUCCAAAAUUGUAAUGUCUUACCUGGAGGCGUUCAUGUCUCUGAGACUCAAAAUCAUGUGAUCAUUUUGAUUUUAACCAAUCACACAGUACACAGAUUAAUACUGCCUCACCCUUCCCGGAUGUACAGGAGUGAGUUGGUAACUGAAAGUCAAAUGCAGUCAAUAUUCACUGAUAUUGGGAAAGUUGAUUUUAGUGAUCCUUGCAACUGCCAGUUAAUUCCUACAGUUCCUGGCCUGGCACCCAAUUCUACCACUUCAGUAGCCUGGCUUAGCAGUGAGGGGGAAGCAAUGUUUGCUCUGCCUUCUGCUUCCGGGGGAUUAUUUGUCCUGAAACUACCUCCUCAUGAUAUACCUGGUACUGUGUCAGUUGUAGAAUUGAAACAGAGCUCAGUAAUGCAACGUUUGCUCACAGGAUGGAUGCCAACAGCUAUCAGGGGUGACCAGAGCCCUUCUGACCGCCCCGUAAGUCUCUCUGUUCACUGUGUGGAGCACGAUGCCUUCAUCUUUGCACUUUGCCAGGAUCACAAGCUCCGGAUGUGGUCUUACAAGGACCAAAUGUGCCUGAUGGUAGCUGACAUGCUAGAAUAUGUGCCUGUGAAUAAAGACCUGAGACUGGCAGCUGGGACUGGCCACAAAUUGCGCCUUGCCUAUUCCCCCUCCAUGGGACUCUGCCUGGGUGUCUAUAUGCAUGCACCAAAACAGGGGCAGUUCUGCGUUUUCCAGUUGGUGAGCACUGAAAAUAACCGCUACAGUCUAGAUCACAUUUCCUCAUUAUUCACAUCUCAGGAGACACUGAUUGACUUUACCUUGACAUCCACUGAUAUCUGGGCACUGUGGCAUGAUGUUGAGAACCAAACAAUUGUGAAAUACAUCAAUUUUGAACAUAAUGUUGCAGGACAGUGGAACCCAGUUUUCAUGCAGUCUCUGCCAGAGGAGGAAGUCACUAUCAGAGAUGACCAAGACCCAAGAGAGACCUAUCUAGAGAGUCUUUUCACGCCUGGACGAUUCACAAAUGCUGCUAUUUUCAAAGCUUUACAGAUUUUCCGUCGCGGAACAGAGAGGAAUUUGGAUCUUUCCUGGAGUGAGCUAAAGAAAGAAGUUACUUUAGCUGUUGAAAAUGAGCUCCAGGCAAGUGUAACAGAGUACGAAUUCUCACAGGAAGAGUUUCGACAGUUACAAGUUGAAUUCUGGUCCAAGUUCUAUGCCUGCUGUCUUCAGUACCAAGAAGCACUUUCCCGUCCUCUUGCACUGCAUAUGAAUCCUCAUGCAAAUAUGGUGUGCCUGUUAAAAAAAGGGUUCCUGUCAUUUCUUGUGCCCUGUGCUCUAGUGGAUCAUCUCUAUCUUUUGCCUGAUGAGAAUCUUUUGACAGAGGAUGAGACCACCAUUUCUGACGAUUUAGAUAUUGCACGUGAUGUUAUAUGUCUUGUCAAAUGCCUCCGAUUGAUUGGGGAAUCCAUUUCUCUGGAAAUGUCUUUCAUGAUGGAAAUGGCUUGCUACCACCUUCAGUCUCCUGAGAGGGCAGCAGAACAGAUUCUGGAAGACUUGAUCGCGAAUGAUGUAGAAAAUGUGAUGGAGGACAUCUGCAGUAAACUUCAGGAGAUCAGGAAUCCAGUCCAUGCAAUUGGACUUCUUAUACGGGAAAUGGACUAUGAGACAGAAAUCGAAAUGGAAAAGGGGUUCAAUCCUACUCAGCCCCUUAACAUUCGAAUGAACCUCGCUCAGCUUUAUGGCAGUGGUACAACAGGGAAUGUGGUUUGCAGAGGUGUGUGUAAAAUUGCUAGUACUCGCUUCCUUAUCUGCCGAGACCUGUUGAUCCUGCAGCAGCUAUUGAUGAGGCUAGGAGAUGCUGUGCUUUUGGGAGGGAAUCAACUAUUCCAGUCUCAGCAAGACCUUCUUCAUCGGACAGCCCCCUUGCUGUUGUCGUAUUACCUCAUAAAGUGGGGAAGUCAGUGCUUGGCUUCGGAGGUUCCAGUCGAUACACUGGAGUCCAAUCUACAACAUUUAUCUGUAUUAGAGCUGACAGACUCCAACACUUUGACUUCACAUAAACUUGUGUCCAACCCUCAGACAAUUGUGGAGUUAUUUUUCCAAGAAGUGGCGAGAAAACACAUCCUAUCUCAUCUCUUCUCCCAACCAAAGGCUCCUCUUACUCAAACUGAUGUGAAUUGGCCUCAGCUGGUUACAACAAUUACCAAUUUUUUCUUACAGCUUUUGUGGCCCAGCAAUCCUGGAUGCAUCUUCCCAGAGUGUUUGAUGGGAAGCUGUCAAUACACACAGUUACAGGAAUACAUUCGCCUGCUACAGCCUUGGUGUCAAGUGAGUGUUGGCUCCUGCCGUUUUAUGAUGGGCCGGUGCUACCUGGUUAUGGGAGAAGGACAUAAGGCUCUGGAAUGUUUUUGCCAAGCUGCAUCUGAAGUGGGCAGAGAAGAAUUCUUAGAUCGAUUGAUCCGCACAGAGGACGGGGAGAUCGUUUCUACUCCCCGACUACAGUAUUAUGAUAAGGUUUUGCGAUUAUUGGAUGUGGUUGGUUUGCCUGAACUAGUGAUUCAAUUGGCUACGUUAGCAAUAACUGAAGCAGGUGAUGACUGGAAAAGCCAGGCUACUUUGAGGACAUGCAUUUUCAAACAUCACUUGGAUUUAGGACACAAUAAUGAAGCCUAUGAGGCCUUAACUCAGAAUCCAGACCCCAGCAGGCAGCUAGAUUGCUUGCGACAGUUGGUGGUAGUCCUCUGUGAACGUUCCCAGCUCCAGGAUCUGGUGGAGUUUCCAUAUGUGAACCUGCAUAAUGAGGUUGUGGGGAUAAUUGAAUCACGUGCCCGAGCAGUAGAUCUGAUGACUCAUAAUUACUAUGAGCUCCUGUAUGCCUUCCACAUCUAUCGGCACAACUACCGAAAGGCUGGCACGGUGAUGUUUGAGUAUGGCAUGCGUCUUGGCAGAGAAGUUCGCACUCUCCGGGGACUUGAGAAACAAGGCAACUGUUACCUGGCAGCCAUCAACUGCCUGAGGCUGAUUCGUCCAGAAUACGCGUGGAUUGUGCAGCCAGCAUCUGGGGCAGUGUACGAGCGCCCUGGAGCCUCCCCAAAAAGGAAUCAUGAUGGAGAGUGCACAGCUGUCCCAACGAGCCGACAAGUUGAAAUCUUGGAACUAGAAGACCUAGAGAGGGAGUGUUCCUUAGCCCGCAUUCGCCUCACUCUGGCUCAGCAUGACCCAACAGCCGUUGCCAUUGCGGGAAGCUCAUCAGCAGAGGAAAUGGUCACUCUCUUGGUGCAGGCUGGCCUUUUUGACACAGCCAUCUCGCUCUGCCAAACUUUUAAACUGUCCCUAACACCGGUCUUUGAGGGACUCGCUUUCAAGUGCAUCAAAUUGCAAUUUGGUGGGGAGGCAGCACAGGCAGAGGCAUGGGCUUGGUUAGCAGCCAAUCAGCUUUCAUCUGUCAUCACCACCAAGGAAUCCAGUGCUACUGAUGAAGCUUGGCGGUUGUUAUCAUCUUACCUGGAAAAAUACAAGUGCCAAAAUAACUUGUAUCACCAUUGUGUUAUCAACAAGCUAUUGUCCCAUGGGGUUCCACUGCCCAAUUGGCUUAUCAAUAGUUACAAGAAGGUUGAUGCUGCUGAAUUACUCCGUCUAUACUUAAACUAUGACCUUUUAGAAGAAGCUGUGGAUUUGGUUUCGGAGUAUGUUGAUGCUGUACUGGGGAAAGGACAUCAAUACUUUGGAAUUGAGUUUCCACUGUCUGCAACCUCUCCGAUGGUGUGGCUUCCAUACUCUGCCAUUGACCAGCUUCUUCAAUCACUGGGAGAAAACAGUGCCAACACACACAAUCUUGCUUUGCACCAGAAAAUACUUGACAAAUUGAAUGACUACCAGGAAAAGGUGGAUCGGGCAACAAGGGAUGUGUUGUAUCGACGACAUCCUAACCUUUGCAACCUCUUGGUGCCUCACAGGGCUUGAGACUUUACUCUCCAAGAACCCUGCACUCAAGGCUGAUUUCUGUAAACUGUAAAUGAUAUGUACAAUUUUAGGCCUGAAUCCAGCUAGAGGCCAGGAAGGCAGAAGUCAUGCAGAGGUCCUUGUACUCACUGGGCUGGCGGUGCUAAUACACAAUUUCUGGUUUUCAAUAUUGGUCUGAAGCAGCUGCUUUUGUACAUGAUUCAGGAGCUUUUGUAGAGUUUAUAUUUUUUUAAAUUACUGAAGACAUUGUUUAUCUGCAAAUUAAAAACCACCUUCAACCAAGAAAACAGGCUGGUGAUUUGUUGGAGUAAACAGCCGAUAUCAGCCACUGCAAACCCUGCCGUUCCCCAUCACGUUUUGUAGUUCAGCAGAAUCAUUUUGAACCAGAACUGACAUGUAUUUUCCAUACAAAAAAACAGCCUGAAAACGUUGCUCCCUUUCUUGGCCCUUCAUUUAUUGUGGGAUUGUGGGAUUGUUGUUUUCGUAUGACCUUCAAUAAAAUGUAAAACAUCUUGCCCAAGCCAAGACUAAACUAACAAGCAGGUGUUUAAAGAAGAUGACAUGUGCCGAUUUUGACCCUGAAGCCAAAUUUGAAAACAACUCUUGAUUUUAUCUGAUGAAGAUGUUGCAAGUUUCAAAGUCCAGCUUACAUAAAAAUAUUGAAUUUCUACAUUCAGUUCUGUCACAAUGUACUGUGUCAAUCUACUAUAACCAGGCUGGGUGUGAGUCAUUGAUUGAUUCCAUUCAAGUCUUACUGAGGGAUGGACCAAAAUGUAAACUUCCCUGGUCGGAGGCAUUGAUGCCUCAAGAUUUUGAAAGAAGAAAGAAGAUAGGAAAAUCUUCUGUGAUUUUAUUCUGUAUAUUAAAAUUUAUUGAUCAUCAUCUUUUA